AUGAGGAGCGGAGAGUGGACCCCAGAGAGCCCUGAGUGGUCCCACCGCGGCCGCCGGCCUAGUUACCGUCACACCCGGGAGGAGCCGCGGCGGCCGCAGCCGGCCCCGGUCACCAUCACCGCAACCAGGAGCAGCGAGGCCGAGACCCAGCAGCCGCCUGCCGCGCCGCCCACCGCCCCCGCCCCCAACGCUGCCCACACCAAGCCCGGCACCAAGCCCGGCACCAAGCCCGGCACCACGCGCAGCCGCGCAGGGAGCGGCGGCCCGGGCGGCCUCACAUCCGCGGCACCUGCCGGGAUCGCAACGAAGGUUUUGGGAACAGUAAAAUGGUUCAGUGUAAGAAACGGAUAUGGUUUCAUCAACAGGAAUGACACCAAGGAAGAUGUAUUUGUACACCAGACUGCCAUAAAGAAGAAUAACCCCAGGAAGUACCUUCGCAGUGUAGGAGCUGGAGAGACUGAGUUUGAUGGUGUUGAAGGAGAAGAGGGCGCGGAGGCAGCAAAUGUGACGGGCCCUGGUGCAGUUCCAGUGCCAGGCAGUAAAUACGCAGCGGACCGUAACCAUUACAGACGCUAUCCACGUCGCAGGGGUCCUCCACGCAAUUACCAGCAAAAUUACCAGAAUAGCGAGAGAGGGGAAAACAACGAGGGAUCGGAAAGUGCCCCUGAAGGCCAGGCCCAACAGCGCCGGCCCUGCCGCAGGCGACGGUUCCCACCUUACUACAUGCGGAGACCCUAUGGGCGUCGACCACAGUAUCCCAGCCUUCCUGUGCAGGGAGAAGUGAUGGAAGGUGCUGACAACCAGGGUGCAGGAGAACAAGGUAGACCAGUGAGACAGAAUAUGUAUCGGGGUUAUAGACCACAGUUCCGCAGGGGUCCUCCUCGCCACCUCAACGUCGGUACCGCCGCAACUUCAAUUACCGACACAGACGCCCAGAAAACCCUAAACCGCAAGAUGGCAAAGAGACAAAAGCAGCCGAUCCACCAGCUGAGAAUUCGUCCGCUCCCGAGGCUGAGCAGGGCAGGGCUGAGUCGACGCCGGCUUACCAUCUCUUCCAUCAUCCGGUUUAGUCAUCCAGCACGAAGAAAUGAAGAUGAAAUUCCAGCAAUAAGAAACGAACAAAAGAUUGGAGCUAAAGACCUUAAGUGCUUGCUUUUUGCCCAUUGA